AUGUGGGGGCGCGCGGUUGUGGCCUGCGCGGCACUGUGCGCAUGCGCGCGCGCUUGGCUCGGCGGGCCGGUGUGCGCGCGGGAGGCGGUGGGCGCGGGCGGCGCGCGGUACGUGGCGUUCCUGAGCGCCGGCUCCGCCGCCGGACCCGCGCUGGUCGAGAGCGUCUGGGCUGCCCCCGGCCGCCUCCGCGCCUGCUGGGCCCGCCGCGAUCCGCGCCUCGCCCGCGCCUUCCGUGCCGCCUGCCUGCAACACCCGCCUGCCGCGCCCGGGGCUGCGCUGCGCGGGGCCCUGUCCGCGCUGUGGCGGCGUCGUGCCGCCUGCACCGACCCCGUGCCGCCGGGACCGCAACGCCGCCGCCGCCGCCGGGGCUGGACGCUGCCAGGAACGCUGUGGUGCGGCGCGGGGAACUCGGCGGGGAACUGGAGCGAGCUGGGGCUCUUCCGCGGCCCCGACCGGUGCUGUCGGGAGCAUGACCAGUGCUGGGCGCAGAUCACGGCGCUGCAGUUCAAUUACGGCAUCCGCAACUAUCGCCUGCACACCGUGUCCCACUGCGAUUGCGACACCAGGUUCCGGCAGUGCCUGCUCGCCAUCAACGACACCGUUUCCAACAUCAUCGGCGUCACAUUUUUCAACCUGUUGGAGGUGCCGUGCUUUGUGCUGGAAGAGAGCGAGGAGUGCAUCCAGUGGUACUGGUGGGGCGGGUGUGAGCGUUAUGGAGUAGUGCCUCUGGCCAGGAUGGUGCAGCAGAAUCAGUACCACCCCAGUCUACCAGCAGAGGAGAGGGGCAGCCCCACUGUGCAGCCCCCGGGCAAGGGAAGGAAUUUCUCUAGAACAGGGCGUAAGCGGUUUCGACAGGAACUGAGGGCAAAGUCUGGGCGCCGCCAGGCACGGAGACCUAAGACAGCCCAGCAGCCACAGGGCCCAGGUACCCCUGUGUCGGCCAGGGACAAGGCUGAGCUCACAACCAGGCACCCAGCAGUGCGGUGGGGGCUAGAGCCUGGCCGUGCAACAGCAUCCACAGUGUCAGGACAGGAUUUGCUUGGACCAGAGCAAGGAGCUGGAAUCUCAGCACAUCCUCUGUGUGGCAGCCUUGGACCCAGCCCAGCCACAGCGCAGUGUGGAGUCACCCCCGUACCAGCUGUGAAGGGGCGCAGGCAGCAGGGCCCGGGCAGGGGGUGCAGGUGCAGCAAGCACCUGCGUAAGUGUGAGCACCAGAUUGCACCCCAUGAGGUGAGGUACCAGCUGCACAACACGGACAGCCGGACACUCUUCCACUGCAACUGCACGCGCAGGCUGGCACGGUGCCUCCACAGGGCAAGGGACUGCAGCAACAUGGACGUGGCUGUCCUGGCUGACCACAUCACCAUGGACUGCUUUGUGCUAGAACUGCCUGCUGCCUGCAGCCCAGGCAGGGGGUCACAGCACAGCUGUACCAUGAUGACCAGGGCUGUGCUUGUACCGGCACAGCAGCUCAAAAAGAUUCUAAGACGCUGGGGCCCUCUGCGUGUGAGCUCCAAGGCCAAGCAUCUACACUGGAAGACACAUGCCAGGGGAGGUACCCUCUGUGAGCAGUGCCAGCAUCUGGUUGUAGAGCAGACACCAGCUUAGCCCCACACAGUGCUUUGA